CCGAUCCACACCAAUGUCCUGCUUCUGGUGGAGCACCCUCCGACAUACACCGCCGGUCGGCGCAUCAAGGGAACCACCGAUUCCGAGGGGCCACGGCUCCAGGCCCUUGGGGCAGAAUACUUUGAGACACUGCGAGGGGGCCAGACAACAUUUCACGGUCCCGGACAGCUCGUCGGAUAUCCGAUUCUCAAUCUCCAGGCGCACGAAAUCGGAGUCCGAUCGUAUGUGUCAAACAUCGAAAAUACCCUUAUCCAGACUUGCGCCAAGUUCGGCAUCAACGCAACAACGACACAGGAUACAGGCGUCUGGAUUCAAGACCGCAAAAUCGCAGCAAUCGGAAUUCAUGUGAAACGGCACAUUACAGCACAUGGAUUUGCACUCAACUGCGACACAGACCUCCGAUGGUUUGACCACAUCGUUCCAUGUGGACUGCCUGACAAGAAAAUCACAUCGCUCUCUCAAGAG